GGGAGUUUUUGCCGGCCGGCCUGCUGCUGAGCAUGGGACUACGGAGAAGGAGACGGGGCUCGGAGGCGGCUGGAAGUGAAAUCACCUCUGUCUUAAUCCUGUCUGUCUUCACGGCCAUCUUGGGAUCCUUGCAAUUUGGAUACAACAUUGGGGUGAUCAAUGCUCCCCAAAAGGUACAUGGGCAGAGCUGUGACCUUAGUCUGGGGAAAAGAGCCAUGAUCAUCAACAAUGGCUUGGCCUUUCUCGGUGGCGGCUUGAUGGGGCUGGCCAAGCUAGGCAAAUCCUACGAGAUGAUGAUCUUCGGGCGGUUUGUGAUCGGGGCUUUCUCAGGAUUUGCCUCCGGAUUGGUCCCCAUGUAUGUGGGGGAGAUCGCCCCCACCAAGCUUCGGGGGGCUUUGGGGACCAUGAACCAGCUGGCUAUUGUCAUCGGGAUCCUCAUUGCCCAGGUAAGCAGCCCCCUCCCCAUGUUAAGAGAUUUGGAGGGGGGGAGAGUCAAAGAGGAGGGGGCUGGCCUGACAUGGAAAUGA